AUUUCCUUCCACAAAAAUACCUGAAAAUAACUGUCGCUGUGUAGCGGACUAGUGGUCGAAAUUUGAAGCAGACUUAAAAUGAGAGCUUGUCUGUGCCAAUUGCUAGCUCUUUCCCACAAAAUCUAAGCUUCAGUCGGUACGAACAUGGCCACUGUUGCAGCAGGAGGAGUUGGAAUAGGAGUGACCAAGCUCCACCCUCACAAUUCUCCGAAGCCCAUGACCCCAUUUCUCGGCAAGAAACUCAGAAUCAAACCCAGUGCUUUUAAAUCACAACCCAGUACAAGAAUCACCAUCUCAAACCCAAAACAGUACUUCCUAGUUUUCGCGUCACAUGGCGAACUGAUCAUCGAUGCGGUUCGUGACCUCUUUGUAGGAGUGGGAGUCGGGCUGCCAUGCACUGUCAUGGAGUGCGGUGACAUAAUAUACAGAAGCACUCUUCCUAAGUCGAGUGGCUUGACGCUUACGGCCCCUGGUGCGCUUUUGGCUCUGGGCACUCUGUCUUACCUCUGGGCCACACCUGGUGUGGCCCCUGGGUUCUUUGACAUGUUUGUUCUUGCUUUUGCUGAGAGGCUAUUCAGACCCACUUACAGGAAGGAUGAUUUUGUGCUGGGGAAGAAGUUGGGGGAGGGGGCUUUUGGUGUGGUUUAUAGAGUUUCAUUGAAAAAAAAGCCUUUAUCCAAGAAGGAAGGUGACUUGGUCUUGAAAAAAGCUACUGAAUAUGGUGCCGUGGAAAUUUGGAUGAAUGAGCGUGUUCGAAGAGCUUGUGCAAAUAGCUGUGCUGAUUUUGUGUACGGCUUUCUUGAGACUUCUUCAAAAAAAGGACCUGAGUAUUGGCUUAUAUGGCGGUUUGAAGGGGAGAACACACUUACGGAUUUGAUGCAGAGUAAAGAGUUUCCCUACAAUGUUGAAACAAUGAUUCUUGGAGAGGUCCAGGCCUUGCCUAAGGGUUUGGAAAGGGAGGAUAUAAUCAUUCAAACAAUCAUGAGACAGCUCUUAUUUGCGUUGGAUGGGCUUCACUCGACAGGGAUUGUGCAUAGGGAUAUUAAGCCACAGAAUAUUAUUUUUUCUGAAGGUUCUCGUACAUUCAAGAUAAUUGAUCUAGGAGCUGCAGCUGAUUUGCGAGUGGGCAUCAACUAUAUUCCAAAGGAGUUUCUUUUGGAUCCAAGAUAUGCUGCACCAGAGCAAUACAUCAUGAGCACACAAACUCCAUCUGCACCUUCAGCUCCAGUGGCAACUGCACUUUCCCCAGUCCUAUGGCAGAUGAAUUUGCCUGAUAGAUUUGAUAUCUACAGUACUGGUCUCAUAUUCCUGCAAAUGGCAUUCCCAGCAUUACGCACCGACAGUGGCCUCAUACAAUUCAAUCGUCAGUUAAAGAGAUGUGACUAUGACUUGGUUGCAUGGAGGAAAAGUGUAGAGCCUCGUGCUAGCACUGAACUGCGGAGGGGAUUUCAGUUGUUGGAUUUAGAUGGUGGGAUUGGAUGGGAACUUGUGACUUCAAUGGUUCGAUAUAAAGCACGACAAAGAACCAGUGCAAAAGCGGCUUUAGCUCAUCCCUACUUUGAUAGGGAAGGGCUAUUGGCUUUGUCCUUCAUGCAGAAGCUGAGGCUGCAAUAUUUUCGUGCAACACAGCAAGACUAUGGGGAAGCUGCCAAGUGGGUAAUCCGGCUAAUGGCAAAAUCAGGGACCAAGAAGGAUGGUGGCUUCACAGAAGCUCAGCUUCAGGAGCUCAGAGACAUUGAGCCCAAGAAGAAGGCAAGUCCACAAAGGAAUGCUCUUGCUUCAGCUCUUCGGCUCCAGAGGAAGAUUGUAAGAACAUUGAAUGAGAGCGUGGAUGAGCUUAACCAACGUAGGAAGAGCCUAUGGUGGAGCAGAUGGAUCCCCAGAGAGGACUGAAGUUUGUGAAUACAUAAUACACUUUUUCUUUUCUUUUUCUUUUUGUACAUCCGUGAUUACCAACCAUCUUGGUGGAAUAGAAUUAUGUUUUAAAAUGAAAGAAAUUAGCUGGAAUCCUUUAACACA